AGGAGAGCAAGACUGACAUACUAAAGAAGGAAAGAGCACACUGAAGUCCCACAGACAAGAUGGAGCCAGAGGCAGAGGUGAAAAGAGUCUGCAAAACAAAGCAAAGCAAAAUUACAGAUCAUGGCUGCAUAAGAGCUGGAGUAUUCCCCAAUGGAUUUCGUCCCAUGAAUGGAUCCAGGUUGCCUGUGGUUAGAGCCAUAGAUAAAGAUGGUGACUAUGAUGACAGGAGAUUAAAAAGUGUGAGCUUUGAGAAAGAUAUACUACUAACUUCUUCAAAAGCUUCACUUCCCAAAGAGCUCUGUGUGAUGCAGUGCAUGAGAAGCCUUACAGCGGAGGAAUACACAAGGGCCUUUCAGUCAUUCCUAGACCAUUCAACUGAACACCAGUGUAUGGACCAAUUCAAUAAGAAGGAGUUGCCAGGUAUAGUAGCCGGUCUUGGAAAUGGAAGAUCCACUAUCAACGUUCUGGGUGUGGGAAGUGGCACAGGUGAGCAAGACUUGAAAAUGAUUAGAAUAAUUCAGUCCGAGCAUCCAGGAGCCUUCAUUAAAAAUGAAGUCAUAGAACCCAAUCCACAACAUAUUUUGGCAUACAAAGAAGCAAUUAAGAACUCUUCUGAUCUCAAAAAUGUCACCUUUACCUGGCACCAAUUGACAUCCAUGGAAUAUGAAAAGCAGGCAAAAGAGUGGAACAUAGAAAAGAAAUAUGACUUCAUACACCUGAUCCAGAUGCUGUACCGUGUGGAGGAUAUUGCAAGUACCAUCAAGUUUUUCCACAGCUGCCUAGAUUGUUAUGCUAAACUUCUGAUUAUAAUUUUAUCAGGUGACAGUGGAUGGGCUUCUAUAUGGAAGAAAUACAGACACUGCCUACCCCCGACUGACAGCGGCCACUACAUCACAGCUGACGAUGUCAAAGUAGUCUUAGAGGAAAUGGGAGUUAAAUACGAAGUGUAUGAUUUCCCUUCUGUUUGGGAUAUCACUGAAUGUUUUAUUGACGGAAAUACCACCGGAGGUCAUACAUUGGAUUUCCUGACAGGGACCAAGGACUUUAUGAACACUGCACCCCUUAGUCUUAAGCAACAGCUUCGACAAGCUCUGGGCCAGCCAGAAUGCAGCACCAGGAAGGAUGGGAGGAUUAUUUUCAGAAAUAAUCUAAGCAUGAUUGUGGUCAGCUCCUAAUAAUAGGAGAAACAAACAGCAUCGGCUGUUUUCGUCUGUUUUGACAGGGACAGAGCAAGCAAAUCUUCGGAGAGUCAAUUGUAACAUUGUGAGGGAACUUGUUCAUGACUCGAGGAGACAGCUUCCUAGAUGUUAAGCAUAUUUUUAGCAGAUCCUUUAAGGCUUAAAAAAUUCAUAAUACAUUACAGCAAAAGAUAUAUAAUUUACCACAGUAUACAAUCAAUAUUGGUUUGUACAGUUGUAAGGCUCAG